UAUCGCGCGUGGGAGGCGCUCUUGAGGGUUCCUCAGCCACUAUUUAAGUCUGGCGUCCGCGUGAGUUGCGCCGCACUGUGACUCUGCCCGUGUGACUGACAAUGCCUCACGUGCGUCUCCUGUUCGCGCUCACCGUGAUCUUCCUGCCGCUGGCGAGGGCGCGUGACACGCACUCGCGCUGCCUCGGCGACACACGCGGCGGCCGCAUUGUGGGCGGAAGUGACGCGGAGCGCAGCGAAGUGCCAUUCAUAGUGAGUCUCACGCGACGCGGCGCGCACUUUUGCGGCGCGACGAUCCUCAGUGAAAAGUGGCUCGUGACGGCAGGACACUGUCUAUGCAACAGUCUCAACGAGUUCAUGAAGCCAUCGCAAAUCCGCGCCGUUUUGGGUCUGUACAGAAUCUCAGAGUACAAAAGCGCUGCCAAAGAACAGAAAGAAGUGCCUCUCUUGUCCAUCAUCAUGCACCCAGAGUACAAUUGCCUGCGAGCAGCCAACGACAUUGCCCUGCUCAAAAUUGCACCACUCGAUUUCACGCACCGCAUAAAGCCAGCCUGUAUCGCCACUGAGGGCAGCUUUGCGGACAGCACGGCGACGGUUUCCGGCUGGGGAUGGACGCACGAGAACCAGAGUGUCGGCCAGCGAGCGGACACUCUGCAGAAGGCCACCGUGGAGGUGUGGGCGAACGCCGAGUGCGAGGCGUCCUUCAGGGCACACGAGAAGAGCAUCGAGAUCUCGGACAAGCAAUUGUGCGCCGGACGGAGGAAUGGCGGCGUCGACGCUUGCUGGGCUGACUCUGGCGGCCCUCUGAUCUCCGCCGAUGGGCUCCUCAUUGGCAUCAUCUCCACUGGCAUCGGCUGCGCUCGCCCUCAACUGCCCGGAAUCUACACGCGAGUGACUGAAUACGCCGACUGGAUGCAACAGGUCAUAGAAAACUCAGUCAAAUGAUGUUCAGCAG